GUGAUCGCCAUCCUCGCCUUCAACUGCUGGAACGCCUCGUCCCGCCAGGCGCUGCUGCAGGAGGAGCUGGCCGAGCUGCAGAGCCAGGCCAAGCGCACCGAGGUGGCCCGGGGCCGCCUGGAGAAGAGGAACUCGGACCUCAUGGGCAAGGUGGACUCCCACAAGAAGCAGCUGGAGCAGAAGGAGGCCGACUACAGCCACCUGAGCAGCCAGCUGCAGGCCAGGGACGGCCAGGUGAAGAAGUGCGAGGACAGCAAGAUUAAGCUGCAGAACAACAUAUCCUAUCAAAUGGCAGACAUACAUCGUUUGAAGGAACAACUGGCAGAACUGCGUCAGGAAUUCAUUCGCCAGGAGGAUCAGCUGCACGAGUACAAGAAGAACAACACCUACCUUGCAAGGAGGCUGGAGUAUGACAGUCUUCAGUGUGGGCAGCAGAUCAAGGAAAUGAGACUGCAGCAUGAAGAAAUCAUCAAGAAAUUAAUGGACCAAGUUGUGCGGGAACAGAAGGACACACAAAAAAUUCAGUCCAGUAAAGACACGGAAGUAGGUCCCAAUAAUGAUGACCAGCCGAUACCUAAGACUGUUCCAGAGACAGAAGAUAAAAACACAGUAAAGAAUGAGCAACCUUCAGACCACGUUGCAAAUGGCAAAGAGAAAAUGAAACCAGGAGGAGAUGCAGGCAUGCCUGAAAUAGAGGAUAAUGACCCCGCUAAAGCUGAAGACACUCCCACUGCUUUAAAGAAGCCGCUUGUUUCAGCUCCUAAAAGUGAACCUCACCAACCUGUGUUAAAUCUUCCGACUGAACAGCCCCAUGCUCCAAAUCUGGCACCAGGUGUGCGCAGUGAUGCUGAUGCAAACGCAGACGUUGUGAAGCAGAUCCCUCCCAAUUCUCUUCAGCACUUGAAUUUUGAAGAAAACGUGGAAAACCAGAAGGAACACAAAAUUGAGACAGACCAUAUCAAAAUCCCAAAGAGCAGAGUUAGUGACUUGCAGAAGAUGAAGCAAAGCCGAUUCUUUGAUGAGAAUGAGUCCCCUGUUGAUCCGCAGCAGGGUUCUAAACUGGCAGAUUAUAAUGGGGAUGAUGGUAACGUGGGUGAGUAUGAGGCAGACAAACAGGCUGAGCUGGCUUACAAUGAGGAAGAGGAUGGUGAUGGUGGAGAAGAAGACGUCCAAGAUGAUGAAGAACGGGACCUCCAGAAUGACCUGGUUGACUACAGCAAGUCCCGCUUCAGCGACGGUGUUCUGUGA